AGGUCUUUCUUUCUCUGUUUCUGUCUGUUUGCUCUCUCCCUCUCACUCACUCACGCACUUUCUUCAUUCCAUUCGAUCCUGCGUGAUGCUGUGUUUUCAACGAUCGCUCGUCGUCGUCGUCGUUGUCGUCGUCCCCGUCGUGUCUCGUGCACAUUCGCCACCUCCGCCGUCUCCGGCUUCGCCUUCCUCCGUCUUUCUCCUCCUCCGCUUCGGGACUUCUCUCUCACGCCAAUUCUCUCACCCUCCAAUUGCUCCCACCCCUCUCGCGAAUUUGGGUAGCACCAGUGAUCGGCGCUUGAGUGGUCGCGAUUGCGAGUGAAACGCUGGUCGAUCCCUGCCUUCAUGCGCUCUGACAUUGAUUUUUGGGCGUCGUAGUGUGGUUAUUUUACUGCGAGUUGGAGUUCUUUGUGAGGGGUAGUUCGCGACGGUUAAGCAUUCAAUUCAGUUUGGGGUUGGAUACCCUUAUCUGGUUACAGGAGCGGUAGUUGGCUGUGGCUGUGGCGAUUAAUGUUGAGCUUCAUCCAGUGCAGAACCCUGUGAGACGUUCGUUUUCUGCAACGUUACAGCGAAGCUUUUCCUGAGUCGGAAUGAAUGCUUGCCCUCCCCUUCUUUUCUGAUACUGUAAUCAUCCCCACUACGGACAUGAAAUGUAUUCCUUCUUGGAGACAUCAUCAUGGUCAAUACAUGCCUAUUAAACGCACAGAUAGUUCAAGCGAUUGCACAGUUUCACCCGUCAUUCAAACCUGUCGCAAGAUACUGUGCACAGUAAGACCUGGCGAUUGAGAAACUCUUUUAUUCCCCUUCAUCAUCAAUAUGUAGACUUGGCUACAGCAGCAAUUGUAUGCAAUCUAGUCAAACUUUUGUGCCUCUGCGAGAUCUCGUAAAGCGCCAUGUCACAAUUGAAGAAGACAGCUCGCCGUGGUUGUGUGAUGGGAAGUUGGACGGAGGAGUCUAUGAAAGAGGCUAUUAAAGAGGUGAAAAAAGGCAACGACUCCAUCCGCAAGAUAGGAGACCGAUAUAAAAUCCCUCCAUCCUCGAUUCGCGAUUGGAUGAGUGGGAAGACCUCGUCCAAGAAGAAGGGUCCCCGAACAGUUCUUUCGAAGGAGGAGGAGGAUGCUAUAGUGGAAUGGUGCUUGACAAACCAGCAGAUGAGUCGUGGAAUUACCUUUUACAUGCUGCGAAAGAAAGUUGCAGAUGUUUGCCAGGGACGAGAGACUCCAUUCAAAGAUGGUGUUCCUGGCAAAAGAUGGCUGGAAUGGUUUCGAAAACGACACCCGAGGGUAGUGAUUGAGCCAGCUCAUGCAUUGAAAGGAAAAAAAAGACCUGAAUCGGAAAGGGAAGUCUUGACGGCUAAAAGAAAAGAGUUCAGUCCUUCACGACUGCUGGUAGCUUCGGACAGAGAUAUAUUGUCGCAGGAAUUUGUUGAUCGAAGUAUUCUUGGCGCCGUGUUGGGUGAUAGUUCCGGGCUGGACGAUCACGAGUCUCACGUGAUUCUGACACAGACUCUCACUAAAAUAGAGGAAGAGGAGCGUACACUGGUAGCAGCGUCUGGUCCGACCAAAGGUCAUGAAGAUGACACGAUGAGCAGCUUUGGCGGACAAAAUGACAGUUGCGUGGAUUGCACGCCCUUUGGUACAAAUCAGGAGAAGAAUGAUGUCUCUGAAAGCCCAGCUGAAAAAUCGAUGAGCUAAUGAGAAGCAAACACAUAAUACAGGAGCAAGCUGUCUGUUUAGGUGCCCAUCAAUGUGGACGUCCUGUGCAGCCUUGUGCAGCCCCAGGAUGCGUUGGUGGAUGAGAAGUUAAAUCCCUCUUCGACCACGCUAGUACUGUUAGCAUCCUUGACCUCUGAGUUGCCAAAUGUUACUUCAUCAAAAGAGUCUCUACGAAAGUGAAAUUCUCUGUGCGCGAUAAAAUCCACGCCGUGGUUGCUUCGAGAGUCCCAGAACUGUUGGUUGCGGCUACAUUCUGGGGGCAUUCACGCCACUUAGAUUACAUUUUUCAGAUAAUACAUUGACAUAUUACGAUGUUGCGUGCACAUCAUCAUGGCAAAGGUGUGAUUGACAGAACCGUUUUGGGGACUAAAAUCUUCGCGGGAAAGAUUAUGGUAUACAUCGUGGGUGUAUGGGCAGCAUGAUGUAGGGUAGAACUUGAUCUAUCAGUACUGCAAAGACGCUGUUGCCAAAUAUGUUGUGCCACAUUAUAAACUGGUGAGAUCAAUAAAUGCAGUGAUCCAGAACCACUCUA